AUGGUUUUGGAAAUCCAGGAGAGCACAACAGAUGUUUCUGGCUUCAGCAACUCGAUUUUUGUCCUGUGGGUCUUCUGGGUGGUUCUCUUGUGGCUGAUGGCCCCCUGCCUGGAUCUCAGACCUGAAUCAGCCCCCCAGGAGAAACUGAUGGUCUUGGUACCACAGCAUUGCAACCGCCCCUGGCUCCAACUCAGGACAAGUGGCUGCCGAUCUGAGACGCUAAACUCCUCCCUCUGGCACCACGGAGCUGGAGAACGGACAGGGUUUGCUGCCCGCUAUGAGAAGACCGUGGAGUACCUGACGGGGACGACAGAGUCUCUGACCCCUGACCCUGUGCUCUGGUGGUUGGGCAUGAACUCAGAAAAUGGGCUUGGCAAAAUGUGGGAGAAGCUGUUCAAGGUGAUUCCCAGGCCCUCAGUGAGCCAUUUCCAUCUCUACUGUGGGACUUGUGCUUUGGUGGGGAACCCCAAGACCCUACGGGCUUCUGGCCUCAGCCACAACAUCAACCGGUACCCCACAGCCUUUGGGAUAAGCCAGGGCCAUGCCCAAGGCUUCGAGAUGGUGAGGAACCAAACCUCAGGAUGCUUCGUCUACCCUGGGAAUGCCAGCAUCCAGGGCUCCUGGAGACAGCUGGUGUUGCUGCUGAAGCUUUCUGGUCUGGUGUGGACUUCAGAUGAUCCGAGUGAGGAGAUUCUGGAAGGUGGUCCAGUUCCCUAGUGGAAUGGAAGGCAACCAAGACCAGGUGUCCUUAUUUGGUUUUGGGACAGACCAGCUCAUGAGGUGGUCCCAUUACUGGGAUGAUAAAUAUUGGUUUGAGAGUCACACGCACAGUUUCAAAGAAGAGCAGAAGGUCAUCCUCACGCUGCAGGGUGAGGGGAAGGUUGCUAUCUACAGCUGACAUGUUUUCC